ACAUUUGACAUCGCACCUUAUCCUUUGACAACAGCAAACCCGGGAAAUCCAAGUUACCGCGAGGAUGUCCAAGACGGCAGAGAAUGAAGCGCGGCCAGAUCCGGUCGAGGACGACGAUGAGCCGGAUGAAUGGGAUCAACGUAUUUUCAGCACAGGAUGCGCAGAUGAGAACACUUCAUUGAACGACUGUUUCCGGGAGAAGAAAGAUUGGCGGGCAUGCAAAGACGAGAUGGAGGCAUUCAAACAAUGUUGGAAACGACAGGACAAUGAUGUCCGCACAAGUUCAAAGGACGUUUGAAUCUCGAUGGAGAGCUCUCAACUCUGACGGAACGAUGUAAAAUAUCUGUAACCACUACAACAACAACGUGAAUGAUCCGCCAUCCAUCUCGAGAUUUGUUGCCACAGAACUCCAGACUGUUUACAAGUUCUUGUUGAUUAACUCAAGAUGAACCGGGAAUACAUUGCGGUUAGAAACAUAUCUCAAUUCGUUCGGUCAGUCGAUGUGGUAACCCUAAGGGAG